ACUAAUUGUAAAUUUGUUCAUUUUAAAAAUAAAUUUGUAAAUUCUGCACUGCUAAAACUAUUAAAUUAUAAGAGGUUAUGGGCGAUAGCAAAAAGGAUUCGUCCUAUGGAAUUUUGCAAUUUCAUGGAGAAAAUUUUGAAACUGGAGUUUUCGCGUGCAGCUUCAUUUAGAUGCACUGGAUCUCCUUGAUGUAAUAAAGGGGAUUCCUCCUGCGGAGCUGAACUUAAUCGAGCAGUUCAGCAAGAAGGAUAAGAAGGCGAAAUCAGUUUUGGUCAGCUUGAUUGCUGAUGAAUACCUGGAAUACGUGCGAGAGAAGAAGACUUCCAAGGAAUGUGGGCAGCAUUGGAAUGCACUUUUGCAAAGAAAUAUGUUUCGAGUCAAACGUUGAUACGGAAGCAAUUAUCAAAUUUAAAGAUGAAAAGGAAUGAUGAGCUUAUCCGUAAGCUAAAAUCGUCUGGGGCUACGGUUACCGAAAAUGAUCUCGUUGCACAAUUAUUUGUAACUUUACCAGACAUAUUCGAUCCUGUUGUAACGGCUCUUGAAAAUAUGAGGGAAGCGGAUCUUACGUUGGAUCUGGCAAAGCAGCGGCUUUUGGCUGAAGAAGCUAAACGUGUUGAUCGCGAGGAUGGGCAAACCGAAAACGACACGAUCGCAGCGUUCUCUGGAGAACAUACCUAA